UCGACAGCCUUGACGGAUCUCACAGCUCCAGCGGCAGGGAAACACACCCGUCAGCAGCGCGCAUUGGAGACAAAAAAGCGCAUCACGGACAAAGGAAAUAUGGGUGCGCUGGAGAGGAUUCACCUCAGCCGGGACACACAAUGGAUGAGCCGCUUCUGUUUCGUUUACCGGGAGACCAAUUAGCCCACCUUAAUGAGGUGCUGGGAUGCAAGAUACUGCAAGCUAAAAAGGCGGAAGGCUGCGUUUAAUCCGUCUGCGGAUCCUAUGAGCUUGCAAUGGCUGUGGCGGGGAUAUGCAACUGGCUAGGGAAUAAUGUGCCUUUUUAUUUUGUGAUAUUUUCCUUAUUUUGUGGCCUUUCGUGUGGACAAUUACGAUAUUCUAUUACGGAAGAACUAGAAAAUGGGGCACUGGUCGGUGAUCUGGCGCAUGACUUGGGGCUGGAUAUUCGAAAGCUCGCCACCCGAAAAAUUAAGGUAACCUCCAACAGCGGUAAACGCUACGUGAUUGUCAACCCCAAAAAUGGGAAAUUACUUGUCAAUGAAAGGAUCGACAGGGAAGCACUGUGCGAUUUAUCCAGCACCUGCCUCAUUAAUCUGGAGGUGCUGGUCGAAAACCCCACUGAGGUGCACCAUGUCGAGGUGGAGAUCGUGGAUGCCAAUGAUAAUGCGCCGCAGUUCCCCAGAGACGAGUAUCAACUGGAAAUCACAGAAUCUGCUUUACCGGGGUCUCGUUACCCGAUUGAAAACGCUCAGGACCCAGACAUAGGGUCCAAUUCAGUUCGUAUGUAUCAGCUCAGCACAAACGACCAUUUCGCGCUGGUAUCUAACAAACCCUCCCUAAAUACAAAGCACAUCGAGCUUGUGCUCAAAAAGCCCCUUGAUCGUGAACAGACGCCUUACCACCAAUUAAUUAUAAGUGCUGUGGAUGGUGGGACACCAGAGAAAACGGGCACUGCUAAAAUCAACGUCCGGGUCCUGGACUCAAAUGACAAUGUUCCCUUGUUCGACAGCUCAGUGUACAAGGUGAAGCUGUUGGAAAAUUCACCCAAAGACACCCUGGUAAUUAAACUGAAUGCAACGGAUCUGGAUGAGGGCACAAAUGGAGAGGUUUAUUACUCCUUCAGCAGCUACACUCCAGAGAGAGUGAGGCAGAUGUUCAGCAUGGACACUAAUACAGGAGAAAUAAGAGUGAGGAGCAAUGUUGACUAUGAAGAGACCAACUCCUAUGAGAUGUACAUCCAGGCGAUGGACAAGGGACCUGGGGCCGUGGCAGCGCACUGCAAGGUAGUGGUGGAGGUGGUGGAUGUGAAUGACAACGUCCCUCAGAUAGUGCUGUCAUCCCUGUCGAGCCCAGUGAGGGAGGACGCCCGCGCAGACACAGUCGUGGCCCUCAUUAGCGUUACUGAUCGAGACUCUGGCGCGAACAAGCAGGUGAGCCUAGAGAUCCCAGCAGGCCUUCCUUUCAAGAUCAAGUCAUUCAGAAAUUACUACACUCUGGUUACCUCAGCCUUCCUGGACCGUGAGACCACCGAUGCCUACAAUGUCACUUUGAGUGCCACAGACGGAGGCAAUCCUCCCCUCUCCUCCCAGAAGACCAUACAGGUGGAUGUGGCUGAUGUUAAUGACAACCCACCGCGAUUUGAGCAGACUUCAUAUACAGUCUAUGUGGCUGAGAACAAUGCCCCCGGGGCCUCUUUGUGUACGGUGAAAGCUCAAGACGCAGACAUCAAAGAGAAUGCACGCAUCACCUACACAGUGCUCAAUGACAACAACCAUGGCAUCCCUGUCACCUCGUAUGUGUCUGUUAAGGCCGAUACAGGGGAGGCUUAUGCCCUGCGAGCCUUUGACUAUGAGUCACUGAGAGAGUUUCACUUCCAGGUCAAAGCCCAAGAUGGGGGCAUUCCUCCUCUAAGCCGCGUCGCCACUGUCUACAUCUACAUAAUGGAUCAGAAUGACCAUGCACCGCUGAUAGUCAACCCUCCCGGCAAUGGCACACGCUCCUUGGAGACAGUACAAAAGAAUGCAGAGCCUGGUGCCUUGGUGACCAAAGUGGUGGCAUAUGAUGCAGAUGCUGGUCCAAAUGCCUGGUUGGUGUACGUGCUGGAGACAGCCACUGACCUGGACUUGUUCAAGGUGCACGAACACACCGGUGAGAUCAGAACCACUCGGAGGAUCCUGGAGGACAACUCCACUUCCUUUGCUCUAACCGUCCUAGUGAAGGACCAUGGGCAGCCUGCCCUGUCCUCCACCGCCACCAUUAACGUGGCAGUCAUGGAAGUGCCACCCAAAGUGGUCCCUGACCCCAAGAGGAUCAUGAGACCUCACAGCCCACUGGUCUUCUCCAACGUGACACUGUACUUGAUUGUGGCACUGAGCGCCACCACCUUUGUUUUCCUGGUCACUGUGGUGGUGCUGGCCAUUGUCCGCUGUCACGCCUACUGCACCCAGCCUGGGUCCUGCUCCCCUUGCUGUGUGUCACAGAAGCCCCCUCCAGAUGGCGGGAGCAGCAGUGUAAGUGCAGGUGGGGGAGGCAGCGGUGGAGCCGGGGCACAACCUAAUAACAAUGUGGUGCUUCGCAGAGACCUUAAAGUGGAGCCUCAUUACAUCGAAGUGCGUGGGAAUGGCUCCCUAACAAAGACUUACUGCUACAAGACCUGCCUGACAGCCACCUCUGGCAGUGACACUUUCAUGUUCUACAACACAGGACGUCCCAUCAGUGGCACCUGGGGCAGUGGUGCUGACCGCUUCUUCACCAGUGGAAGUGGAUUUGUACGCAGACUCAGUAUGCCUGAUGCCUCGCUGCAAAUCUGCCCAGAGCCAAAAGCUCCGAAUGCUGACUGGCGAUAUUCUGCAUCUUUGAGGGCAGGGGUGCAGAGUUCGGUCCACAUGGAGGAGUCGUCUGUGAUGCAGGGAGCCCAGGGGAUGCUUGUCCAGAACUGGCCCACUGUUUCUAGUGCUGCAGAUGGAGAAGGUGGUGGAGAGCUUUCACCCCCAGUAGGCGCUGGAGUCAACAGCAACAGCUGGCACUUCAGAUAUGGUGCGGGACAAGGCUAUGGCCCUCCUCAGCCCCUGAAGCCUGGAGAGAUUCCUCCUGAAGCCUUCAUCAUCCCUGGAUCCCCAGCCAUCAUUUCUAUCCGCCAUGACCCAGGCCCUGUGGAUGACAAAGGUGACUUCAUAAGCUUCGGCAAAAAGGAGGAGGCCAAGAAGAAGAAAAAGAAGAAGAAGGACAAGAAGGACAAGAAGGAGAAAGGAAAGGAUGAGGGCGGUGAAGAAUAGAGGAGAAGGGGUGACUUGAAAACAGAGCUACCAACAAACUAUCAUCCUAAUGUCAGAGCCAGAGAAAAAAAGCUAAAUGCAUAUUGUAGAACCGAGGGAGCUUCCUUGCACCAUAUUUGCAUAGACACUGUACAGUGGCCAAACCCUCAUUAGACCAGGCCUGGCUCCACACAUCAUGCACACUCGGUAAAACAAAUGUCUCCCUCUCUUUCUUGACUCAUUUGGCCCAUAACUUUGGCCAAGGUUUACGGCAAACAAAUGCUCUUAGUAGCUAGACUUCAUCUAAAGGCUGGACCAAAUUAAAACAGAAAGUAAUUUAUUGGAUUAGAUUAGCCUUUCUGUGAUUUGCUGCCCCCACCCCCCACCACCACUUUGUAUGACGAAGAACAAAAACACCUGAAAAGGUGUACUAUUUGUAUCUGACCAUUGUCAGCUCAGGCUGCCCAUGUUGGCAUCUCUGUCUUUAUGCAGCCCCAUUCCUUUUUGACUCACCUAGUUGGAGGUGAAGUUGAAGCCAAACUAAAAAAAAAAAAAAAUGAAACCGAGGCUUUUGUCUUCAGUAUUAUGGAGGCCUUGUAGAAAUUCAGAAAAUGUGGUCUUUUAUAAAAAAUAAAUAAAUAAUAUAAAAUGAAAAACUGACAACAUAUAGUAUAUGUACCAUGAGAUUAGCACCUUUACACAAAUGAGGUGGCUGAGAUAAACAGGACCACACUCGAAUAAAGAGCUCUGUUUCAGUGUAACAUAGCACAUCGCAGAGGCUGAGGACCUGGACUGGGUUGCACCAACUAUGCGCAAGUUUGUUCCCAGGUUAUGGUAUAAAGUAGUGGCUUCAUAACUGCUAGUUCAUUUGCAAUUAGCAAGUUACUAAAUUCAACUGUAUAAUGGGUACAAAGGGGGGAAUUCUAUGGCUAUAGCUAGUUAUAACAUGAGAGAUUUGAGUAGCCAGUCAGUAAGAGUACUACCUUGCUGAUGGCCAUGAAUCUCUUUGAUUUGUAGUUGACUAGAUUGGCAUCAAAAUUAUGAUUGGUAAAUAGAAUCCAUAUUUGACUCUUAAAGGACAAUAUAGUUUUUGCAUGUUUUAGUCCAUUUGCUACAAAUCAUGUCAUAACUAACAUCACUUCUAACCAUUUUCCAAAGCACACCAUUGUGUUUUGGGAAUUUCAGUGUGUUUCUCCAGCCUUCCAGGCAGCCAUUGUGUCUUUAUUUAUUUUACCAUAGCAUAAAUAUUAAUUUAGCUGAGACUGUAAACUAUUGUGCAAUAAGAAAUCCAUCAAAGUGAGAGCAGCAUCUGGUUUUAUUGUUGUUAAAAUUACAUUUUUAUCACAUGAUAAUGUAGCUCAAGUGCAGCUUAAAUUAAAAACUGCCCUGCACUAAUCACAAUAUUUGUGAAACAGAGACAAUGGAUUACACAUGUCAAGCAAGUCUCAGCAUGUUGAUUUUUAUACUGUGUAAAACUGAAUGGGAUUGACACAUGGAAAAAUGUAAAAAGAGAAGAGGAAAAUAGUUCUCAGUAAUGUGUAGAAAAUGGACAGAAACAUUCAAAAUCACUGCUAUAGUCCUUUAAGUUGCAAAAUGGCAUGGGAUUACUAAAGAAAAAAAACACUGUGUGCAGAAAAAAGAAAAAAAUGUCCUGCUUUACUGUUAGUGAGUGCAAUUGUGUGACUUUGUAUCAUUUGCACCUGCUUUAUUGCUUGCUUAACUACUUAGUUGUUACUGUUAUGUUGUAACAGAUUUUUGUGAUGCUGCAGCUUAUAUUUUAGCAGUGUGUGAAUUGGAGAUUAGUGGCUACUUCGGAUAUAACUAGGGAACCUACGUGCAGCUGAUGCAACCGGCCCCUGACACCUUUGCAUCCUCACUUGGAAUUAGGCACAGGUCAAUGGGGGUCUUAUUCCCACUGUGUAUCAGCACACCCAGUCUGACACACAUAACUGUACACAAAACAAUGACUUUCUCUGCCUCUUAUACAUACACACAAGCAAACACACAAUAUUUCCUUCCUCUCUUACACACAUACAGUACAUAUAUGACAAAGUUAUCCUAAAGAAUACACAAACAUUCUCUUUCUGGAAUCUCCAAAUCUAAGACUGAAGGCCAAUGCCACCCUUAAUAUGGGAGUGUAUUAUAUGGCUAGGACACAGGAACGUUGCUUGUUGCUUCAUUUCUGUUCAAGCCUGAUCCCUCUACUUCUGUCUUUGAAUGUUAAAUAGUUGUUCUUCAAGCCCUGCACCACUGCCUCAACUGCUUCAGUGCUUGUAGGAUUUGCUUGCCCGCUGCCUGUUUUCCCCCCUCUACUCCUGUUACUCCAGAUCAACAUGGUUGGACCACAUCUUCCAAGUCACUCUCCUUCAGUGAACUGUACAGUUGUUGUAAUGCAGCAACUUUUGUGUAUUUGCAUAUUCAUGCACAGACACACACACACACACAGACACAUGCACAUGCACAUACACAUACACAUACACUACACACACACACACACAUUUUUUGUUAGGUUCAACUUCAGCUGAGCUUAGGCUGCUUCAGCCAGAGUGUCUCUUCUGAUUGCUCAUUGUCGACAGCUCUGUCAUCCCUUGCAUCCGUUCUAUGCGUCACAUUGUGAGGACAUCUGACAGGUUAGCAAAAAGUGAGAAAUAUGUUGUAGUGGAUCAUAAUAAGACAAGAUUAAGAGGGCAAAAGAGGAGUCAGAAAAAGCCAGAAAAAAGCAGGCAUUGUAGUGUAGUGUGCAGCUCCAACAUAGAUUGGGCAAGUCAUUCCUGUUUUGUACAAACAGUGGUAUUCUAGUUAUUCCUGUGUCAGCCAUUAGUACGAACUGAGCAACUUGGGUCAAUUAAAACCACUUAAAAAAAAAUAUGUGCAGUGCAGUUCAGCAGCAGUGGAAAGAUGUUGAUGAUUGACUUUGGGGGGGGGGGAUCUCAUGAGUUAAUGGAGGAGAAACACACUCUUAACAUUGUUUAUGGUGCACUAUUGAGAGGUAACAACAUGAAAGGCGAACCCAGAAAGCAAGCCAAAAUCAUAGCUCCCAAGACCUUUAAAUUAUACAGUUGCCUAGUUGCUGCACAUCAACAUCAGAAACAAGACUGCUGGGAAGUGCCAUAUUGAAGAAACUUCUACAAGCUGCAGUGACCCCAGGGUGAACUGAUCAACUUCAUUUGGCCCUGAUGUUAUGAAACCCAGAUCUGGCAUGGUAGAGGAAGGUUUCUGCAAGCAGUGAAUACUGGAACAGCAUCAACGUGAUGAAGUGUCAUAAAAUCUCACCUCAGUGUUCCUUUUUUUAGCCCAUCGUAUUACCAGUCACAGUAGGGGUAUAUAGGUGCUGCUAUCAGGCUCAAUCCCUCCCAUGCACAUGUGUCGCCCCCCCCCCCAGCCCCGUCCCGUCCUUCAGGUGUACUUCUGUGCUGUCAGAUCACCAAGUGGCUGUUUGCAUGUUAUAAGCAAAGGAAACAGAUACUAUAUAGAUACUAUAUAUACAUAGAUAUGUUUUUCCACUGGGAAAUGCGUAUUGGAAUACAUAUACCUCUGAUACACAUUCUCAAAGACAAUACACACAAUGAAAGACCCACACUCAUCCCAUACACACAUAAAUACAUACAAACAUAUACUCUAUUGCGAACAGUAAUUUGUGGAAAAACCUGAAAGAAUCACAUUUUUUAUCCUGUUGAAAAUGAAUUUAAUCUUCUAGAUAUACAUAAUGCUAUUGUGUUAUGCUAAGAAAUGCCUUUUUUCUGUUUUUACCCAUAUGAUUUUCAUAGAUAAGAAAAACGAUUCUUAAAACUUGUGUUAAGCUUUGAAAUGAUGAUCAAACAAACACUGUUGUGAAAUAAAAGUCAUUUACUCACCCUCCAUAUCUAUUCCUUGCCCAGUAGAGAAAAAAGCAGAAAAAGAAGGAAAAAAUUUUAAAAUAUAUAAAAUGGUUUAAAAAAAUAAUAAAGUUGAUGUAUUCUCUGCUUGUGUAUAGUGAAUGUUCCUCAGUCGCUGGGUGUGGCAGCGAGUGACACAUACCAGUCGACUGUGACAGUGCAGAUCUGUUAAUAACUUUUUUUGUACACCUGCUUAUCAUUGUAAAGGUGAUAAUAGUGAUUCUUAUGAUUUAAUCAAUCUGGUAAUGUGUUUUGUUUAUAAGUCACAAAUAAAGUUUUUCUUAAAUAUCUUAA